ACCUCUGCGCGCCGGAAGCGCGUCAAGAGCGGCGGAGCCGCCGGCCCCGGCGCGGUGUGAGAAGGGCCGCCGCCGCGAUGAACAGCGUGGGCGAGGCUUGCACCGAGCUGAAACGCGAGUACGACCAGUGCUUCAACCGCUGGUUCGCCGAGAAGUUCCUCAAGGGCGAGAGCGCCGGGGACCCCUGCGGGCAGCUCUUCAAGCGUUACCAGCUCUGCGUGCAGAAAGCGAUCAAGGAGAAGGACAUACCCAUUGAAGGCCUGGAGUUCAUGGGCCCAAGCAAAGGAAAAACUGAAAACUCCUCUUGACCUCAGCUGUAUGGAUGGAGUCACUAAUAUGAGCCUUUGGACUAAGCAACAUCACCAGGCAUACGACUAGACGCCAGCUGGACGAGGCCUUUGUUAAGCUGCUUUCUAGGAAGAGAGGAAUCUUCUCUACUUGUAAAAACAGCCACAAAAAAACCCAAAACAAACAAACAAAAACCCCCAAAACCUGGAUCAUGUGGUAACUACUGCCUCCUUUUCAGUGAAUUUUGGUGGUGGUGGUUCAGCGUCUAACAGCGUGAAAAGCCGUUUGAACUAACUUCCUAUUGAAUGUACUCUAUAAUGGGAGAAUGCUUCUUAGAGUGGGCUGAGAUAGUAGUUGCUUUGUGACCGAUUUCUCUUGCUUAUUUAUAUAACACCUGAAGUGUUUAAAAAGAAUAUGAAGGAGGUUGAUUUACUUUGUCUUGUCCCUCUGCUGCUGAAUUUUGGUGGAAGAAGUUUGUUUUAUAUGAUCCUGAAUGCUGAGGGGCGAAAGCGUUGUUUUGUAUCAGCAACAGAGAUGGUAUAAAAGCACUCUAUUGGACCUGCAAUAACUUAGCUAAAAUAAAUAUAACCAAGUUA